AGAAGAAGAACAAGAAGAAGAAGAAGAACAAGAAGAAGAACAUUACUGUACUCCCCUUUAAAUCCUCCACUCACCACCUUUAAGGCGUCUGUCUGUCUGCUGUCUGGCGGGGGCUGUGUGUUGUAUGUCUGCUCCGCUGUCAAUACCACACUACUAACCCAAAUAUUAAUGCAAUGCAAUGGGAAAAUAGCGAUCAUGGCUAAGAAACGCAUUUUGUUAACGCUUCUCGUCCUGGUUGGCUUAUUCGGAAUUUAUGAUGCUUUGUGGUGUAACUGCACCACAGCCCAGUGUGAAAAAACUGGCUCCCAGUGUGAGACAGACGGGGCCUGCAUGGCCUCCACGUCCUUCAUCGACGGCCAGGAGCAGCACAUCCGUAUCUGCAUCACCCGGGACAAGCUGGUGCCCCCGGGCCAACCCUUCUACUGUCUGAGCGCUGAGGGCCUCCUCAACACACACUGCUGCUACACUAACUACUGCAACAGCCUCGACCUCAAAGUGCCCUCUGUGACGUCGCGGCCGGGCCUGGGGGGCGGCUUUGGCCCUGAUGGGAAAUGGGGUCUAGUGGAGCUGGUGGCAGUGAUCGCAGGGCCCGUCUUCCUGCUGUGUGUGCUGCUAAUCAUGGGUGUGUUCCUGUUCCAGUACCACCAGAGGGCCUACAGCCACAGGCAGAGGCUGGAGGUGGAGGACCCCUCCUGUGACCACCUCUACAUGGCCAAGGACAAGACCCUGCAGGAUCUCAUCUAUGACAUGUCCACCUCUGGAUCAGGCUCCGGCCUCCCUCUGUUUGUCCAGCGGACAGUGGCCAGGACCAUCGUGCUGCAGGAGAUUAUAGGGAAAGGGCGUUUCGGUGAGGUGUGGCGGGGCCGCUGGAGAGGAGGAGACGUGGCGGUGAAGAUCUUCUCGUCCAGAGAGGAGCGCUCCUGGUUCCGCGAGGCCGAGAUCUACCAGACCAUCAUGCUGCGUCACGAAAACAUCCUGGGAUUCAUCGCCGCCGACAACAAAGAUAAUGGCACAUGGACCCAGCUGUGGCUGGUGUCAGACUACCACGAGUACGGCUCUUUGUUUGACUACCUGAACCGCUACUCCAUCACCAUUGAGGGAAUGAUCAAACUGUCACUGUCCGCUGCCAGCGGCCUGGCACACCUGCACAUGGAGAUCCUGGGCACACAGGGUAAGCCUGGUAUUGCCCACCGGGACCUCAAGUCUAAGAACAUCCUGGUGAAGAAAAACAGUACCUGUGCCAUCGCUGACUUGGGGCUGGCCGUGCGCCACGAGUCCACCACCGACACCAUAGACAUCGCCCCCAACCAGAGAGUGGGCACAAAGAGGUACAUGGCCCCUGAGGUUCUGGAUGAGAGUAUCAACAUGAGGCACUUUGAUUCGUUUAAGUGUGCAGACAUCUACGCUCUGGGGCUGGUUUACUGGGAGAUUGCACGCCGCUGCAACGCUGGAGGUAUCCACGAGGAGUACCAGCUACCGUACUUUGACCUGGUGCCCUCUGACCCCUCCAUAGAGGAGAUGAGGAAGCUGGUGUGUGACCAGAAGCUACGGCCCAACGUGCCCAACUGGUGGCAGAGCUACGAGACCCUGCGUGUGAUGGGGAAGAUCAUGAGGGAGUGUUGGUAUGCCAACGGAGCCGCCCGCCUUACUGCCCUGCGCAUCAAGAAGACCCUGUCCCAGUUGAGCGUCCAGGAGGAUAUCAAAGUCUGAGAGGGCCCUAUCUGAAAGACCAGAGGAGAGCACUGGGGACCCUGUCCUGCGCUAAAGAAUACUGAGAGAGAAAGAUAGGGGGACAGGGUCUUUUCAAAGAACGCACAAGCUAGAGAAAGAAAAUAAGAAUGCAAUGACGAAAGCAAAAUGUUAAAAGAAAAACAUUACAUGAAAACUCUCCUGCCAGUUUUUUUUAAAGCCACCACCGCCUGAGUUGUGACAAGCCCUACCUCGCCUAUUCAGCCAAAACUACUGACAACCCCUGUCAUUCCCUUGCCCCAACAUAUCCCACCAUUCUGACCCACAAACCUGUCCCUGCAGCCUCCCUUCUCCGUUAUAUUCCUACUAAAAUGGCUGCCGACUGCAAUUACUGAUACUACUUCUACUACCGAUAAUGCCCAUGUUAAUCUCAAUGGCAGGAUUUACACUGAGUGUACAAAACAUUAAGAACACCUUCCUAAUAUUGGGGUGGAACCUCCCCCCCUUGCCCUCAGAA